GGUGACGGUGAGUCUGCGGAUCAGUCAGCAUGAUGAGCGCGAGGACGCUGCGGCAGCUCGCGACGCUUUCCAGGCGGAGCCUUCAGCAUCAUCAUCAUCAUUAUCAUCAUAAUCACCAGGAGAGGUCCGUGGGGAUCAUCGGGGCCCCUUUCUCCAAGGGACAGCCUCGAGGCGGAGUGGAGGGAGGACCGGACCAGAUCCGAGCUGCGGGGCUGCUGCACAAACUGCAGGAGCAAGGCUGUGCAGUGAAGGAUUAUGGGAACCUUAAGUUUGAGGAAGUGGCGGACGACGAGCCGGUGGGUCGGGUGAAACGUGCGCGGGCGGUGGGCAGCGCCAACCAGAGGCUGUCAGCGGCGGUGCAGGCGGUGAAGCGGGACGGACACACGUCGGUGAUGCUGGGAGGAGACCACAGUCUGGCGAUUGGUUCGAUCCACGGUCACGCGGCGGCGGUCGGGGAGCUGAGCGUCGUGUGGGUCGACGCCCACGCCGACAUCAACACGCCGCUGACCUCGUCCACCGGAAACAUCCACGGGCAGCCCAUGUCCUACCUCCUCCACGAGCUGCACUCAGAGGUUCCCGUCUUGCCAAACUUCUCCUGGAUCAAGCCGUGUGUCUCGGCCAAAGAUCUCGUCUACAUCGGAUUGAGAGACGUGGAUCCCGGGGAGCAUUACAUCCUGAAGCUGCUGGGUGUGAAGGUGUUUUCCAUGUCGGACGUGGAUCAUCUCGGUGUGGCCAGAGUCAUGGAGGAGACAUGUGACUACCUCUCUGCCAGUGUGAAGAAACCGAUCCACCUGAGCUACGACAUCGACGCCAUCGACCCCUCUGUUACCCCGGCGACCGGGACACCUGUGGUGGGAGGACUCACCUACAGAGAGGGCGUCUACAUCACUGAACACCUCUGUCAGACAGGCCUUCUGUCGGCUGUGGACAUGGUGGAGGUGAAUCCUCUGAGGGGUCAGUCCAAAGAGGACGUCCAGUCUACAGUCAGCACGGCGGUGGACCUGCUGCUCGGAUGUUUCGGACGCCUACGUGAGGGAAACCACCCGCAGGAUUACCAGCUGCCCCGGCCUUGAUACCUAAAGGUCUCUGAUCACCAGCAGGAACUGAACCGACGAUCAGAUUCAUACUUAAGCACCUCAGAGAUGAUUAAACUUCCAAAUUUUAAACUUCAACAGCCAGAUUACGAGAUGUCAGAACAUAAUGCACUUGUUUACCAAAGCUUCUGAUCAGUGAAACUUUAAACCAAAGAAACUCCCUGUGAAACAAAAAGCACUUUUUAUGUCAUUUCUUGAUUCAUCUACUGUAUCAAUUACGUCUUCUUUUUUAAAUAUUCCAAUAAAAUAUUCCAAAUUUGA